AUGGCUUCCAUUUUCCUAAAAUCAACCACCACUCUCCUCCUAGUUUUCUCUGCACUUUGUAUUGCCACAGCCAUUAUCCUAGAUACAGAUGGCGAUACAAUAAGGAAUGGUGGACAAUACUACAUCAUCCCACAGAGCAUAGGCUUUGGGGGCGGCCUCACUUUAAAAUCAAAAUCCGGUUAUUCACCGUGCCCACUCUAUAUAACCCGAGAAAACGACGAAACGUCUCCUGGCAUCCCCGUUACUAUCGCUUCCGUUGCCAAAAUAGCAAUCAUCACUUCCUCUUUGCCAAUCAGCCUAGUCUUCAACGACACUCCCAACAUUUGUAUGCAGCCAUUAGGGUGGCAGGUGAUUCCCGAUGAAACAACUGGCCAGUCGUACGUCACAACAGGUAGUGAUGGCAUCAGUGGCUUCAAUAUUACGCAGAUUGAGGGUAAUAAUGUGUAUAAAAUAAGGUAUAUUCGGGGUCUGGGAUCAGAUGUUGGUUUCAUUGAGAAGGAUGGGCUUUUGGGAUUCAAUAAUGAUAACCCUCUUCCUGUUGUGUUCAGGAAAGCUUUUGAUAUAUUAGCCAUGGUCUAG